AUGGACAGCUUUCCACUCUUGUCGUCUGAGGAGUAUCUGCUGCGCGUGGGGGCCAUCUCGUCGGUGACAUUUUACACGUCAAGUAGGGCCGAACCGACGUCCCAUGCCAAAGUACAAGCCGAUCUUCAAGCACGGCUCACGGAAAUUGCAGCGAGCAACCCGUGGCUGCAAGGGCACUUGAAGAAUGCGGAGGGUGGUGGCGUUGUGCUUGAAGUGCCGUCGCACGGCCAGCCCUUGCAUGUGGAAGGAUUCGACCUCCCCCACUUGUCCCUUGGCAAUCCUUACCACGAACUGACGACGUCGCUGGACCCGCUGGCUGUUCGAUGUGGCGCCGAUCUCAUAGCGAACCCAGACCAGCCUCUCCUCCGUGUGGCGUGGAUCUCCAUCUCCCCCACACAGGGGGCGUUUUACUUGUCCCUUAGCCACGUCGUUGGUGACGGCUACACGUACUACCGGCUCUUGCGCAUGUUUAGCUCGUCGGUUGCUCCAUCUGCCCUGACGCCACAGCGACGCCACGACCUGCCCAUGUUCGCAAAGGGCUACAAUGACACGAUGGACUUGCACCGUUCGGCGUCCAUGAUGUGGCACUUGGCGUCCACGGCAUUGUUGUCGUCGGCUCCGACAAUGGCUGUCCACUCGAUCGACAACGAAUGGAUCGCUGCUCAAAAGAAGGCCGCGCUGCCUUUGAAGGUAUCGACCAACGAUGUGAUCACGUCGUGGUACUUUAAGCUGUGUCGUGCUGACGUGGGCUUCAUGGUCGCCAACACCCGAGACCGGUACCCCAACGUGGACCAGAACAUGGCUGGCAACUACAACACCGUCGUGGGGUACCAACCAGAGGACUAUGCAACGCCAUCGCUCAUUCGGAAGUCCCUGCAACAGGUGCCAUAUCGACGCGCUGUGUCAGGCGAGUUCCCUCGCAUGUUCCGCAAGACCACAGCCAUGAUAACGUCCUGGGCUUCCCUCCGUGACUCUUCGCCACCGUCAAUACCCGAAUGGUCGUGUUUGGCCCAGUACCCCGUCGCAGCCGCCUCGUACAACCCGCCGUACACUAACUUGGCCGUCGUCUUUCGCAAGACUCCAACUGAACUGGGAAUUAUCUUGCGCACGCGAGGCGCCGUUGGCGAUCCAACCGAGCUAGCCAAAGCAACUCGACCCCAAACUUGCUCGGUCGCACCUCCAUCUAUCCCUUUAAUGUAG